AGGGGGAGAAGGAGCUGGGUUCUAAGGAGUUUCCUUGGUUUCUCCUUCCAGCUGUUCCAGAUGAGUUUUAUCUUCAGUCCAUGCAAGGCAGAACUUCAGCAAGAAGGUGAAGGAACAUAUUACAGACAGCAAAGUGAGAAAACCACCGCUCUGCUGAUAUUUGGUGUUUCUGCUGCUAUGCACCCCAGUCCAACGAAGAUGGAAGACAACAUGGUCUUGGAGAAAUUAAAUUACACAGAAGAAACAACUUUCACCAUUACUGGAUUCACAGAAAAUCAGACUCUGUUUCUUUGUCCAGACAUGGAGGCACAAAAUGAAACUGACCUGACUGAGUUCAUCAUCCUGGGUUUUAAAAAUCUUCAGGAGGCACAUCUCUUGCUCUUCAAUGGGUUCUUAAUCACCUAUCUAUUCACUGUGCUAUGGAAUACCUUCAUUGUUGUAAUGACAUUAGUGGACCAGAGGCUCAGAACUCCCAUGUAUUUCUUCAUUGGUAAUCUCUCAUUUCUUGAUAUCUGCUACACUACCACCACUAUCCCCCAAAUGUUGGCUCACCUUCUCUCAGAGAGAAGCACCAUUUCCUACAUGGGCUGUGUGCUCCAGGUCUAUUUUUUCUUCUCUUUUGUAGGCACUGAGUGCCUCCUUCUUGCAGUGAUGGCAUUUGACCGCUAUGUUGCCAUAUGCAACCCUUUACGCUACACACUGAUUAUUGGCAAAGAAAUUUGUCUCCAGCUGGCCACAGCCUGCUGGGCUGGGGGCUUCCUGAACUCAGUAGUGCACACCACCUUUGCUUUCCAGCUACCAUUCUGUGGGAAGAACCACCUCGAUGCUUUCUACUGUGAUAUCCCUCCACUGCUGAAGUUAUCAUGCAGAGACACUUCCCUUAACCAAAUUCUCUUAUCCAUUGGCCUUUUUAUAGCUUGGACCCCAUUACUUUGCAUCCUUCUAUCAUACACUUACAUCAUUUCAACUGUCUUAAACAUGCACUCUUCAGAAGGGAGACAAAAGGCAUUCUCCACCUGCUCCUCUCACCUCACUGUGGUCCUUUUGUACUAUGGCAGCUCCAUCUUCACCUACUUGAAUUCAAAUAACAGCCACUCCUCAAAUCAUGCCAGGCUUGUCUCAGUUAUAUAUACUGUCUUGACACCACUCUUAAAUCCUAUCAUAUAUACCUUACGCAACAAGGAUGUAAAGAAAGCCUGGAAAAGUAUGAUUAGAAAGAGAUGAAUUUUGGGAGAAACAUACACAGAGAUUAGCCAUACUUAUUUUCACACUUAUUUUUGUCUUUAGAAUUUCAUAUUCACACCUUAAC